AUGUAUCAAUCCACUAAUGUCUAUUUCAUCUGCUCGUUCGCUGCCAUCGGCGGUGGGCUCUUCGGAUUCGACAUCUCGUCCAUGGCAGGCGUGUUGGGGACACAGGCCUACAAGAGAUAUUUCGGAGGCCCAAAAUCCUAUCGACAAGGGGGAAUUACCUGCGCUAUGCCAUUCGGCUCGCUCGUGGGAGCUCUAGCAUCAUCUUUCAUUGCCGACAGAUACUCCCGGAGGACCAGUAUUCAGAUUGCAUCUAUUUUCUGGAUCGUAGGAUCCAUAAUUCAAUGCCUCUCAAUCAACAUCGGCAUGCUGGUCGUAGGUCGUGUCAUAGCCGGGGUGUGCGUGGGCAUAGCCUCAUCAAUCUGUCCCGUCUACCAAGCCGAAAUAGCUCCCAAAGAAAUCCGCGGCCGGGUCGUUUCGCUCCAGCAGUGGGCCAUCACCUGGGGCAUCCUGAUCCAAUAUUUCAUCCAAUACGGCGCUUCUUGGGUAGGCGGCGGACCCGACAAUCCCAACCAGCCAACAUCCGCUUUCCGAAUUCCGUGGGGCGUCCAAAUAGUGCCCGCAGUUAUUCUCUUCUUUGGCAUGUUCUUUCUACCCCGAUCUCCAAGAUGGCUAGCCUCGAAGGAUCGCUGGGAACAAGCCAUACAGGUCCUAGCGAAUAUCCACGGAGGAGACGUGAAUCAUCCAAAAGUGCUGGCUGAGUACAAAGAGAUCGAGGAAGCGCUGAGAUUCGAGAGAGAAGAGGCCAGUAGCAGCUACAAGCAGCUGGUUGAGCCUCGCAUGCUCAAGCGUGUCUUGCUAGGGAUGUCGAUUCAGAUGUGGAAUAUCAUGGAAGGCGCCAGUAUCGCCUCGCCCCUGAUUACAGCAUCAGUACAAUACAUCCUCAACGUCGCGCUUACUCUUCCCGCCAUCAUCUACCUCGACCGGUUCGGCCGUCGUCCAGCAAUGCUCGUGGGCUCUUUCCUAAUGAUGACCUGUCUCUUCAUCGUGGGCGCCCUGCAAGCGUCCUACGGAGAGCCAAAUGUCGGACCGCUCCAAAAUAAAACCAACUCAGAUAUAUCCUGGAUUAUUUCCAACAAUAAACCCGUUUCGAAAGCCAUCGUGGCAUUCACCUACCUCUUCGUUUGCACCUUCGCUACGACCUGGGGACCAACCUCUUGGACCUAUCCUUCCGAGAUCUUCCCUACCAAGAUCAGAGCCAAAGCCGUGAGCCUCGCAACGGCCAGCAACUGGUUCUGGAACUGCAUCCUCGCCUUCGCCGUGCCGCCUCUCCUCUGGAACAUCAACUGGAAGAUGUACAUGAUCUUUGCCAUGUUCAACGGCCUGGCCUUCAUCCACAUGUUCCUCACAGCCCCCGAGACCAAGGGCAAGACCCUCGAGGAGAUGGACGACGUUUUCGACUCGGGUCUCCCGGCCUGGAAGACCGUGCCUACAGGCUCGCGAAUCGAUCAGCUGCAGCGGGAUAUCGAGGCCGGUCGCGUCAAGAUCACUGCGCCGGGCGCUAAAGCUGGCGCCGAGGAGACGGCGGAGGUGAAAAACGGGGGUGUUGUUGGUGGUGGUGGUGAUGGAGACGUACGGUGA